CUUCACCGUGGGAUCCCGAGGCACGGACCGGGAGAGGAGAGCGCUUUAUCUUUCUCAUAGGAUUUUUUAUUUGUUUCUUGAAUCUUUUCUCCCCUUUUUGUUUCCCGUUUUUUCCACGUAAGGAGCACUCGCCCCCCCGAAUGCCUGCGAACUGGCCGGACGGCGUGUCGCUCGCCGGGCUUCGCGUCUCUCGGUUUCUCGGCGGAGAAGAGCCGCGCUUUGUGUGUCUGUGGGAAUAAAGCGGAGCUGGGAGUGGAGGCAGUGCCAGCCGCCGCGGUGGGCUGGACUGGCCACGGAGGGAACAGUCAGCACUUCGAUGGUGUGGGGUCUGAGCAGACAAAGAUGGCAAGUGGAUUCGCCAUGGAGGGAGAUGCUUGCCGGUGAUUGGCUUCGCAUCACCUCUGCCAGUGUGUAAUGGAGUUUGCCGCUUGUUUGAACGAUCCGCACCUUUUUGACGUUGGCGAGUGAGACCCAUUGUGGUGGAUUCAGGAUUUAUUGUAGUGGAAAGCCUUGUCGAUGGAUUCCGUCAUCUUGGCUUCAGAUUGACUCUGGUUCUUGUGACCUUUUUUGGAUGAUUAUUUGUGCUCUUGUGGAGAUCCCAUAGCGGCCACAAGAUACCCUGGUGAACUGUGUGAAAUUUUUUGGGAGCUGUCUAUCACGACUGGGAUACACGCAAGGCCCCCUGCAGGGCUAAAGCAGGCCUUAGAAAUGGAUGGCUCACGGUCCAGUGGACUUCGGAAGAAGAGGAGGUCGAGGUCGGAACGGGAUCGGGAGAGGAGGUCCAAAGGGUUGCGGGACAACUGCAUGAGGUCCGGAAUGCUUCGCUUUUCCUCUGACUCUGAGAGGGAGGAGAGCAGGAAUCCGUCCUCCUCUCGGCCCAGACCACCGAGAAGGAAGAGGAAGGAGUCUACUUCUGCUGAAGAAGAUAUCAUAGAUGGGUUUUCGAUUUCUGGUUUCAUUACGCUGGAGGCUCUGGAGAAGGACAUGUCCAUCAAGCCCCAGGAUCGCAUUGCGAGCCGGCCCGGACCGCUGCACAAGAAGAGGCCGGGUCGGGUGCCGAAUGGGCUGAGUCUGGGCCCACGCAAGGCCCGACUGGCCGGCCACAACCACCGGCACCACCGGCAGAACCACCAGCGCCGCUCAGAUCAGGAGAACAACCCCCAGCUGGUGCGCCUGCUCAGCCAGAAGAAGAGGAUGCUGAAGAAGCAGAGGGCGCUGAAGUCGGGGCAGAACAACUUCAGGGACAGCGAGAGCGAGAGCGCCAGUGGCGAGUCCAAGCCUUCCGUCCGGAGCAGUUCCCAGGAUAGACUUAGUGAUUGCGACAGCGAGAGCGACCAAGAAGACAAGGGAUCCGAUGCCAGCUCGGAGACGUUCUUCAGCACUGUUGCAAAUAAAGUUCCCAAUUUCAGUGUCGACCCACUCGCCACCAAUGACAGCCAAGACUCAAGAGGCCUGGGUAUCCCCAAGGUCUCAGGCCUAGAGAGGAGCCAGGAGAAGAGUCAGGAGAGCUGCAAGGACAGCGCCCCCCUGCUGGGCUUCACCGCACCCAAGCAGCCACCUCCGGAGGCCCAGCUGCCGGCCGCCCCUCCUCCCCCCAGCCCUGCUCCGGCCCCCUGCCCAGAGUCCGUCUUCCGACCCCGGUCCCCAGCCGCCACACCCCAAGCACGCCAGGAUCCGGAGCCCCGUCCGGCCGUCCCCCCUCGGGCCCAGAUCCAGCCUGAGCCCCCAACUCAGCUGCGGCCACCCCCUACCCCCAACCCACACCCUCACCAUCUUUCUCCAACCCACUCGGUCCCCCAGAUCCAGCCGGGGCAGCACCGCCCCCCCUCGCGCUGCGUGCCACGCCCCCUGUCCGCCUACGGCCUCAGUCUCAACGGUAUAAGCAGUCGAAGCAGCACACCAGGCAAGCCCCACGGGCCCCACGCACCCGCGCAUCCGCAUCACCCCCCGGCCGCGGCCUUCCCCCUGGCCCUGCCCAGUCAGGCCGCGCCCCACAGCUUCCCCCCCACCCUGCAGUCCUCGCCACACCCCCACCAGCCCAAUAUGUUUGCGCCGCCCACGGCUUUACCUCCACCUCCACCGCUGACGUCAAGCACCCUGCCAGUCCCUGGACACCCAGCUGGGAGUGCCUACUCAGAACAAGAUCUCCUUCGCCAGGAGCUGAACACACGCUUCCUGGCCUCGCAGAGCGCCGACCGUGGCGCCUCGCUGGGGCCACCGCCCUACCUGCGCACCGAGUUCCAUCAGCACCAGCAUCAGCACCAGCAUCAGCACCAGCACACGCACCAGCACACGCACCAACACACCUUCACGCCGUUCCCCCACGCCAUCCCGCCCAGCGCCAUCAUGCCCACCCCUGCUCCGCCCAUGGUUCGUACCCCAGCCAGAAAUUUUGACAAAUAUCCGACAAAAGUCGACCCCUUCUACAGACACAGUCUGUUUCACUCCUACCCCCCAGCUGUGUCUGGCAUCCCUCCCAUGAUCCCUCCGACUGGUCCCUUCGGCUCCCUGCAGGGGGCGUUCCAGCCCAAGACUUCGAACCCCCUCGAUGUGGCUUCCAGGCCCGGCACUGUCCCACACACGCUCCUGCAGAAGGACCCACGGCUGACGGACCCCUUCCGGCCCCUGCUGCGGAAGCCUGGGAAGUGGUGUGCCAUGCAUGUUCACAUUGCCUGGCAGAUCUACCACCAUCAGCAGAAGGUGAAGCAGCAGAUGCAGGUGGACCCACACAAGCUGGACUUCGGACUCAAGCCCGACUUCCUCAGUCGACCCCCGGGGCCGAGCCUGUUUGGCGCAAUCCACCACCCACACGACCUGGCCCGGCCUGCCACACUUUUCUCUGCUGCAGGUUCUACACACCCAUCGACCGCCCCCUUCGGACACCCCCCCCACCACCCCAGCAAUUUCCUCACCCCUGCCCCCCACCUAGAGCCCUUCAGCAGGCCCACAUCAUUCGGAGGACUGGCCACCCUGAGCACAGCGGCUUUCGGCGGUCUGGGAAAUCCAGCGCUGACUUCCAACUCCGUGUUUGGCCACAAAGAUACCCCCAACUCCCAGCAGCACUUCGGCGGUACCCACGAGCCCUGGAACCGGCUCCAUCGGACGCCCCCCUCGUUUCCCACACCCCCACCCUGGCUGAAGCCCGCAGACUCGGAGAGGAGUACUUCAGUGACCUCACACGACCGGGACCGUGACAUAGACAAGAGGGACUCUUCGGUCAACAAGGACGAUAAGGACAGGGAAGCUACCGAGAAGCGACACCAGAGCCACACGUCGCCGGCCCCUGCCAACGCUGUCACCCUGCUAGGCCACAGCCGGCCCUCGGACCCCCAGCGGGGCCACCUGCCUGGGGAGACGCGGGACAAGGACAAGCCGAAGGAGCGGGAGCGGGAGCACAGCGAUGCCUGGAAGGAGCCUUGCGCCGAGGAGCAGAAGCAGAGGGACAGUCACCACGGGGACAAGGAGACACCCGUCAUCCACGAUGGCCGUGCCGUCGACGACAAGCCCGCGGGCCGGGUGACGUCGCCGUAUGUGCGGCCCGCCGGCCCCGACCGCGCGAGUGGGACCUUGGGUCGCGAGCCCGCCGAGAAGAAGGCUGACUCGCAGUACGAGCAGCAGAAGAAGGGCUCCGAGGUCAAGGUGAAGGAGGAGCGCAAGGAGGAGCAGGAGGGUCCUGGCGAAGGCCCCCCUCCCCACCGCUCCUCGGAGCACCCCCCGACCAUCCCCCCGGCCCCCGCCAUCCACCCGCCAUCCUCCAUGUCCUCAAUGGCCAUGUCCAUGGGCAUGGCGGGUCUGCACCCCAUGAACAGCAUCAGCAACCUGGACAGGACUCGUGUGGUGGCUCCCUUCAUGGGCAUCAGCCCCAUCCCAAGUGCUGAGAGGUUCCCCUACCCAACCUUCCACUGGGACCCCAUGCGAGACCCCCUGCGGGACCCCUACCGCAGCCUGGACAUUCACCGGAGGGAUCCCCUGGCCCGGGACUUGCUGCUGAGGAAUGACCCUCUACACCGGCUGGCAGGGCCCAGGUUGUAUGAGGCGGACCGCUCGUAUCGGGACCGUGAGCCACAUGACUACGGCCGCGAGCACCCCCACCCACUGGCGCUGGAGCAGCGGCGCGAGCAGGAGCGGGCCCACCUGGAGGAGCGAGAGCGGCUGCACCUGCUGCGCGAGGACUAUGAGCAUGGUCGCCUGCACCCCAUGCAUCAUGCCGCGCUGGAUGCCCACCUGCCGCACCCUGGCCUCAUGGCCCCCAGCCUUCCCAGCAUGCACUACCCCAGGGUCAGCCCCUCAGCCGUGCACCAGAACGGCAUGCUUAACAAGACUCCGCCCACCGCUUCCCUCAGCGCACCACCCCCCUUGAUACCCACUCUGGGGGCUCGGCCCAACUCGCCCCGAAGGACUACGCCCCUGACAGCAGCGGACAUGAGGGACAGACCUCCCUCCCACACGCACAAAGACAUUGAGGCCCGGUGAGCGGACUGCAGGCAGGCAGGCAGACAGGCAGGCAGGCAGGCAGGCAGGCAGGCAGGCAGGCAGGCAGACAGACAGAACCCGGACUCAACCGAGCACUUGGCGUCAGGCUAGCAGGAGUGUACCAUAGCUGGGUAUAAAUAUAUGUAUGUGUGUGUGUGUGUGUGUGUGUGUGUGUGUGUGUGAGGCAGGGGGAGCUUACUGGUGUUUUUUUGUACAAAAAAACAGCAAAAAUCAAGAUCAUUGAACAAAAAAAUGAACUGAAUCAAAAAUUUUACAAACAUUUUGUCAAAUGCACUCCAGCGUUCGUGCGCAUCUUGUUUGUACAGAGAGCAGUUCCUGCAACUGGAAGAUCCAUUGAUCAAAGGAGUCGCCCCCGUGAGGACGAUUUUGGAAGUACAGGUGCUGAAAAGGGCAGGCUGGAAUAGACGGCCAACUUUGUAGAUAUGUGUACAGUGAAUAUGCUUGUCCCUUGAGGUUAAAAUCUUGGUACAAAUAUGCAAAAGGGAGUAAGGAAAGCUUUACUUUGAACACGUGUACAUAGGAGAGCGGAACUGGAUUUACAGAACUUCACAGCGAGCUUUUGACCAGUGCACCGGCCCCAUGACGGAGUUAAUGUCAUCUCACAGGUCACCCCCUACAACUAUGCAAUGAAUGUUUUGGCUCUGGGCAAAGAUCAGCUUUUUUCAAAGGAGCCUUUUCACAAUCUGACCACACGCCCCCCCGGGAAAAAAAAGCUGUAUUCUCUCCACAACCAGAAGGACACUUCUUCAAAUUAAUACAAACUAAAAAUGUAAAUUUUCCCCAACCUUUAACAUAAAUGACUUUGAUCUGCCAAAAAAAAUUAAACAUCUAAACCACCCUGAAUAUGCCAUUUGUUUGCUAGUGACAAUCCUUAAAGCUUUUUUUUUUUUUUAAAGAAAUAUAUAUUUUUAAGGAAUACAACCCAAAAUCUACCAAUCCCUCAUCAGUGGUAAGGCUUCUAAAGAGCCUUCAGUGUGAUGCAGCCUUUCUCGUUUGGAGAGAAUAUAACUUUGACCACAAGGCAGAACCCCGUUCUUCUGAAGGAUAGUACAGUAUGUGUAAGGAGUAUAAAACUAGUUCCGUUGGUUUAACCGUGUAUUAAAGUGCUAUCCUAAGUUGUUGUAUCUUCAGAAAAAGAAAUGACGAACAAAAAAAGUCUAUGGACAGUUUGUUUCUAAUAAGCAGAGUUCUAUUUUAGUAGUCCAACGAAGGUUUAGUCGUACGCUUCAGACUAUGUGAAAGCCAGAUGUUGUGCAGUGUUUUUUUUAUCAGACAAAAAUGUACACUGGAACAGUAGUGUUAGUUGAGUAUUGCAAAGAGAUUGUUAACAGAAACAUUUUUUGCUGUUUAUCAUGUACGUAAAAAUGAAGUCAUUUCUAGGUCAUGUAAAAAAAGACAAAAAAAAAAGUGAAGCGACUGAAUCUUCAGCAUGUUCCUCAUUUAAACCUGUGUUAUGUAAAUUGUGCCAUGUUAUUAAAAAAUGUGAACUAAA